CGAAUAAAGAUGCGCGGAAUUAAAGAACAAAAAGAAAAAAGAAAACACAUAAUAUCUGCCAAUGGCGGCAGCACAAUAUCGAUAGAAUAACUUGACGAUAGAACGCACUACGACAAGAAAUAAACAAGACGAAGUGAAAGGUGCCAAUCCGGCUUCACUGUAAUUUAACGAUAUAAAAUCAAGAACCCGCAGAGCCGACAAUCUCGAAACAACCACGAUGUCCGCCAUACCAGACGAAAUCACCCUCUACCCAAUCACCUCCUCCUCCUCAUCCUCAUCCGCCUCCGACCCAUCGCAAGGAACCUCCAAACCACUCCUCGUCUACUUCAUCACCGGCAAUCCCGGCCUCAUCGCCUACUAUACCGAAUUCAUCCGGACCGUCCAACACAACCUCUCCCUCAAACCGAUCCCGAGCUCCUCCUCGUCCUCCUCAGCAACCUCAUCCGAGCAGACGAAAGCAUUCCAAGACUCGGACAUAAUCUUCCACGGCACCAGCCUCGACGGCUUCGAGCUCUCCCGUCCGACUGACCCGACCGUGGACCUCCCCUUGAGCCUCCCGCAGCAAAUCACCCAGGUGAGGAGGAACAUCGGUCGGAAAGUCGCCGAGUUCACUCGAGAAUUCUCUUCUCGUUCCUCUUCUUCGUCGUCUGAUGGGGAGAGUCAGGGGCCGAUGCCGGUCGUCCUGAUGGGACAUUCGGUCGGGGCGUACAUCCUCAUGGAAGUGAUCGCGCAAUGGCAGGCGGAACAGGGCCAGCGACACGAAGGCGAGAAGGGGAAGAAGAAGGAUGAGGGCGACUGGCGGCCGGUGGCGGGGAUCAACCUCUUCCCGACCGUCACGGAGAUCGCCAAGAGCGAGAAAGGCAGGCAAUUGAGCUGGUUCCUCAACCUCCCCCAUCUCCCCGUCGUCGCGCAUUACAUCACACGGGUCUUCCAGGUGAUCCCCCGCCUGCCCUUCCUCGACUGGGCGGCGGCGUUGAACCCGGGUCCUCUGUGUCGAGAGGUCACGGCGGGGAUGGUGACGAGUCGGAAUGGAAUCCGACAAUUACUGUGAGUUUGUUUGAUUUUCCUUCCUUUUCCCCUUUUCCUUCGUCAGUCACAUUUCCUUGUGUCUUUCAUCUCCCGCGUUAUCCUUCUCUCGCUCUCUCUCUAUCUUACACACACACACAUACAAACACACGACCAUAUCAUCGCCAAUCUCACAACAAACGAACAAACAAACAGAUACAUGGCCAACGACGAAAUGCACCUGAUCAAAGAAGACCGCUGGCUGUCGACGCUCUGGGGCGACGACGGCGAAACCAGCAGCAGCAGCAGCAGCCCAUCCCAGACCCCCGACCACCGUCUGAGACUGAAACUCUAUUUCUACUUCGGCGCCCGCGAC